AUGGCAGUUUUGCGUCAACAACCCAUUAUCCUCCUGAAAUGGCUUCGAGCAUACCUCUCCCGGAACCGACAAGCUCGAAAUGCAGCAUUGAUGUCCGGCAUUGCGUUGGUGGUGGGUGCUGUUGUGAAGAUUAGGAGUAUGCUGCGGCCUGAAAAGAAGAGCACCCUGCGCAGGAGUAAUUCGGCUAUUGUUCUUCCGGAUGGAUCCCGUGAGAUCGUCGUACCAUACAGAGACGAGGAUCACCGUGUUGUCAUUCAUCCAAUUCGUAAUGUUGUCUUCGAGGCUCAUAGACGCCUCUUCCUUGACAAACGCGGAGAGCAAGCCGCUCCCGUCGAAGGAAAGGCGGGGGUGAACAAGCGGUUCUGGAAGCAGUUCAGUGCGUUGUGGUCCAUCAUGUGCCCUCGAUUGUUUUCGAAAGUAUCAUUACUCAUCGGACUGAAUGCUUGCUUCCUGAUUGCGAGGACUUGGCUUUCGCUAGUUGUUGCACGUUUGGAUGGAGCCAUCGUGCGGGAUUUGGUUGGUGCCAAUGGCAAAGGAUUUACCAAGGGUUUGGUUCUAUGGCUCUUGAUUGCUUUCCCAGCCUCCUACACGAAUUCCAUGAUCCGCUACCUGCAGUCCAAGAUUUCCAUAGACUUCCGCACACGACUCGUCCGCUACGUCAAUGAUCUAUAUUUGAACAACAAGUCAGUGUACUACAAAGUACAGAUUGACGGGGCAAUCGAGGGUAUUGAUCAAUUCAUGACGGAAGACAUCGGCAACUUCUGCGAAACUGCGGCUACGAUCUACGGCAACAUCGGGAAGCCGUUGAUUGAUCUCUUCGUGUUCAAUUAUCAGCUGGCGAACUCGGUUGGUCUGCCAGCGAUGACGUUGAUCUUGGCCAGUUACGUUUUGACUGCUUCGAUUCUUCGAAAGAUCUCGCCGGCAUUCGGUAAGCUGGCAGCGGCGUCGAGUAAGCUUGAGGGGACAUAUCGUAAUGCUCACGGUCGGCUGAUUACGAAUGCGGAGGAGAUCGCGUUCUACAACGGUGCUGAAAGGGAGAAGAGUAUCCUUGAGCGGGCAUAUGCGGCUCUUGAGCAGCAUAUUGAAUCGGUCUACAAGAUCCGCAUUUCAUACGAAAUGGCUGAAGAUUAUGUUAUCAAGUACUCCUGGUCAGCCAUUGGCCUCAUCUGCUGCUCCCUACCCGUUUUCCUACCAAAGCUUAGUGGAGGAUCUUCGGGCGCCCUUUCCGCAGUCAAUGAGGCACAGCGCCAGAGAGACAGGACUCGAGCGUUCAUUGUCAAUAAACGCAUUCUUCUUGCUCUAGCAGAAGCUGGUGCUCGUCUGAUGUAUUCGUACAAAGACCUCGCCGAGCUCAGUGGAUACACGUCCCGCGUCUACACGCUGCUUAGCACACUCCACAGAGUUCACGCCAAUGCUUAUACUCCACCCAAGGGCGAGCUUUUCCCGGCUAAGUAUUCGCUUGCUGAUGUGCACGGUACUGUACAAGAAGGAUACAACGGAAUUCGAUUCGAAAACCUUCCCAUCAUCCUACCAGCACCGGCCGGUAAAUCCGGGGAAGAAAUCAUACAUCAGCUGAAUUUAACUAUCAAGGACGGCGAGCAUACUAUAUUCACCGGACCGAACGGUUGCGGGAAGAGUGCCAUUUCACGAGUCGUUGCUGGUCUUUGGCCGGCCUAUCGCGGUUUGCUCAGCAAGCCCUUGCAAAACUCUAUCUUCUUCAUCCCGCAAAGACCAUAUCUCACGGUUGGGUCUCUCCGCGACCAAGUAAUCUACCCUCAUACUUACGUCGAUAUGGUGGCCGCUGGUCGUGAUGACGAAGAUAUCCAGAAGAUCUUGGUGAUUGUAAAGCUGGCAUACUUGAGGAAGAGAGAGGGUGGAUUUGACACGCAGAAGAACUGGAAGGAUGUUCUGAGUGGAGGCGAGAAGCAAAGGAUUAACCUUGCUAGGCUCUUCUACCACCGGCCUACCUUUGCUAUUCUUGAUGAAGCUACGAGUGCAGUCACGAGCGAUGUUGAAGGAAGUAUGUACCGCAGCGCCAAAGACUUUGGGAUCACUCUGGUUACUUUCUCACACCGCCCAACACUUCUCAAAUACCACAACGCACAAGUCAAGAUCGAGAACAAGGAGUGGGAACUGCAGAAGAUUGGAAGUGAUACGGAGAAACUCUCGUACGAUAAAGAGAUCGCGACAUUGGAAGAGAGCCUGGAGGAUAUCGAGAGGGCAAAGGAGAGGAGACAGGAGAUUGAGGAGUUGUUGCAGCCGAAGAAGGCGCGUUAG